AUCUGUUUGUCUCCCUUCUGUAACACUCGAUCUGUCAAGCGACACGGAGCGUAAUCUGCCAGAACCAUCAUCCAGGAACCAAUCACAACACGAUCGGAUCCGUAGGUCCACAAUAAGCUCCCCAGGUCAGGCAGAAUUUAUACAGUCAUCGCUCUGGUCCCCGGAUCUGGUUCUGCCUCGUCUCCUUUUUCAGAUCGGUGAAAACAUAAAAAACAAAAUACCCCCAGGGUGAGAGUGUGCGCAUGCCUGCAGAAGUUCACCUUGGAAAACAGGCCCCGGCUUGUUUUUCUCUUAAGGCGCUUGUGAAAUGCAGCUUUAUCAGCUGUAUAUGGCCGGAAUAUUCUGAGUUUUAUGAGCAUCCAGGAAGUUACGGAGUGCCAAAGUCCCACCCCUCUCACGUAGAGAUCCGUCUGCAUGUCUUCAGAAAAAAGAAAAAGAAAAAAACAGAAGCAAAGAAAACUCUGCUUAGGCUGCUGGAAGGACACAGUAUUGAGUUGUGUGCUGAUUGAUACGCGGAGCUGCAACCUGAUGUCAAAGGCUCCUGGGUGCUGCAUCUGCCUGGAUGACUUCCUCAGCCCGGCUUCCCUCCCCUGUGGACACUGCUUCUGCCUGGGGUGCAUAGGCGAAUACUGGAGGCUCAGCGAGAGCUACCGGUGCCCCCUCUGCACGGCCGUCUUCCCUGUAAGGCCGCAGCUGGAGACCAUACGAACGCCACAAACUGAGAAUGAAGCCGCACCUCUAAAAGCAGGAGAGGUCCCGUGUGACUUCUGCCCAGCACAGAGGCCUGCGGUCCGGUCGUGCCAGGUGUGCCUGGCCUCCUACUGCGCCGCUCAUCUGGAGCCGCAUUAUCAGAGGGAGGAUCUUGGACGCCAUCUGCUGGUCAGCGUGGCAAAGAACCUGGAGGACUCUAUGUGCGGGCUGCAUGGCAAGAAGCUGGAAAGGUUCUGCACGAGUGACAGAACGUGCAUCUGCAACAUGUGCACCAAGACAGAGCACAGGGGGCACCACAUUGUGUCUCUCAGCAAUGAAGCUGCAAAGAACAAGAAUAAACUAAAGCGAAUACGGACUAAACUUCAGCAGAGAAUUCAGGAUAAGCUGGCUGAGAAACAGAAGCUAGCUGCAGACCUCCAUGGAGAGCUCUCAGCAGACCUUUGGGCACAAACUAAGAAGAAACAGCUGGAAGAAGAGAUCAGAGAGUUACAGGAGAGAAACGCGGAGCUGGAGCAGCUCUCUCAGGAAGAAGACAACCUACAGUUCCUGCAGCGAUUCCUACACUUGCGUCGGUGAUUGGAACCACAAGAUGACGAGGAUCUGUGCUCAACACUGCUGAAUUGAACUUUCUUUUCUAAUUUUUGCAUACAAUGUUUUUUCCCCCACCACAACAGACAAAUGUGAAAGUAAACAAAUGUGUCUAUUUUUUUGUUCUAUAAAGAGAUGAAACCCCCCAAAACCUGUCUGUCACGUUCAUCUGCACAUCAUUCCCUCUUCUGACAAGACUCUUUGCAGAAUCCCUUCAGCAUAAUAAACAUUGGAUUACA